AUGUUGCACGAAUGGCAACCGUUAUUCAAGUGGUUGGCCAUCGUUGGCCUGGUGCCAUACGCCCAACGCAACCGCAACUGCAAACAACAUUAUGAGCAAUGGCAGCGCAUCUACACAUCAGCAUUGCUUGUGGCGAAUUGGGUUUUAACCAUCUAUGGGGUAUACAACCAGCCGCUGGACGACGAAGUGCUUGUAUCGAAUUUUGUCAGCGUAAUGGUUUUUCUCAGUCAAAGUUUAGCACUCACCAUUUGCUUGUUGGAAGCGAUGUACACCUAUAGGCAAUAUUUCGCAUUCAUGCAACAAUCCCAACUCAUUGUACGACUCUUCAGGCAGCGCUUGCAAACCGGUCUAUGUCGUUGGAGAUUGCGGCGACUGCAGCGUACUAAAUAUUUGCUAUAUUCGGGUUUCGCCUAUGGCUCUCUUCCGAUAUCGAUGGUGGUGAUUUCGAUUAAAUACUACUACGGAUACUUUUGGUAUGCACUGGGCAGUAUUUUUGUUUUGCGUACCCGCUGCCUUUUGGCCAUUAUCUAUUUGGACUAUAUUGAUUUCUAUAUGCAACAUUUGAAUAUGAAGCUGCGUUCAGUGGCCAGCUGUCGCGUGAGCAAGCAGCGUUUAUGUUUGGAUGUGAAUUAUAAAAUGUUGGAAUCCUUCGAUUAUUUGUUACAAUUAAAAUUGCUUUUCGACGAAAUACGCAAGUUGACGCUAAUGUUUGAUGAUUUAUUCGCGUCGACUGUGCUCCCGCUGAUCGCUAUUACCACGCUUUUAUGCCAAGCGGGUGAGAACUGCAAGCGGCAGUCACUUAAGACGGGUAUUUUGAUACAACGUUUACUACAUAGUAAGUAUAAAUAUACCAAUGCAAAGGUUUAUAACGACUUGCUAUUCGAAUUCGCAAUGGAAAUACAACAAGAUCCUAUGAAAAUAGCAGUAAAAGAAUUUGUGACUGUGGAUCUGCGGUUGCUGAUGAAG